AAAAGAAGAAGCAGAAAAACCGGAUGCUCCUUAUUUCCAGGUAAGGGAGGGACCUCCAGACAACAACCUGGUGUAUCCACUAGGAAGGGAGGCUUUGGAUGUGGCUUCAAAAGGAAAGGAGGAUAACAAGGUGAGGAAAGGGGCUCAACCGCGGGAACCCAGUGCCACUAGAAAUGGGGGUGACUCGGUGAAAAAAAAGGUGUUGUCCAGAGACAGGGUCUGGGAACCCCUUCUCACUGACCACGGACAGCUUGGAUAUUCCCAGACAUAGUUUUUGGGGAUUUCAGUGAAAAAAGUGGGGGAUCCUCUCCACUUAGAGGAUGGCAAAGACACCAAGGUUGGAUUCCUCCCUGACAUUGGCAGCACGCUAGUAGGGAUGGGGUGGGGUGAGCUAAUAUAUCCCCAAAGCUAAGGACCCACACCUUUUAGAUUACAAGAGUAGAUUUGGCAGGAGUGCAGGGCCCCAAAAUAGGGUGGAAAAGUGCCUGGGGAUAUUGGAACUACAUCUUGGAAAUUUUGAGGGUCUUGGCUUUGGGAUAGCGGAAGUGGGAACAGGGACACUGGAGAGCAGGGAAAGGGAGAGUUUUCAGUAGGGGGCGAAAGUCGAGGGUGGGGUCUACUGAGAGGUACAUAGGCUGCUGGGUCCGGAGCUAAGACGGGGCCCAAGGGUGGGAGCUGGUGUAAAGGGGUGGGGGGGAAGGGUCUAGGGCUUAUCCUCAGGUCCUGUUGGUGGGGCGCAGAAUCGGGACUGUAGUGUCGAGCAUGCCCUGGUGAGCGGGCUUCUCUGGAGGAGCCCAGCGCGCUUCGGGCGCUUGCUGGUUUGGGGGUGUCUCUUCCUGGGGCGCCAUGGCGGCGCUGGCCAGUAGCCUGAUCAGGCAGAAGCGGGAGGUCCGCGAGCCCGGGGGCAGCCGGCCUGUGUCGGCGCAGCGGCGCGUGUGUCCCCGCGGCACCAAGUCCCUUUGCCAGAAGCAGCUCCUCAUCUUGCUGUCCAAGGUGCAACUGUGCGGGGGGCUGCCCGCGCGGCCAGAUCGCGGCCCGGAGCCUCAGCUCAAAGGCAUCGUCACCAAACUGUUCUGCCGCCAGGGUUUCUACCUCCAGGCGAAUCCUGACGGGAGCAUCCAGGGCACCCCCGAGGACACCAGCUCUUUCACGCACUUCAACCUGAUCCCAGUGGGGCUCCGUGUGGUCACCAUCCAGAGCGCCAAGCUGGGUCACUACAUGGCCAUGAAUGCUGAGGGGCUGCUCUACAGCUCGCCACAUUUCACAGCUGAGUGUCGCUUUAAGGAGUGCGUCUUUGAGAAUUACUAUGUCCUGUACGCCUCUGCUCUCUAUCGCCAGUGCCGUUCUGGCCGGGCCUGGUACCUGGGCCUGGACAAGGAAGGUCGAGUCAUGAAGGGAAAUCGAGUCAAGAAGACCAAGGCAGCUGCCCACUUUGUGCCCAAGCUCCUGGAGGUGGCCAUGUACCGGGAGCCUUCUCUCCACAGUGUCCCUGAGACCUCCCCUUCCAGUCCCCCUGCCCCCUGAAAUGUAGUCCCUGGACUGGAGGCUCCCUGCACUUGCACUGAGCCAGCCACCACCACCUGCUCCUUGCCCUGCUCUCUCCCCUGCUGCCACACUUAUGCCCUGAGCAGCCAGGUCCCACCAGCUGCUCUACCCUGAGGGAGCCUAGGGGCUGGCUGUGACUUCUGGGGCUGCUGAGACCCUUAGAUCCUUGGACCCAGGAGGAGGUCAGAGAGGGAGAUAUCUGAAAAUGGUCCUGGCUGAUCACUUCUUUCCUUCCACACUCACACACCUCCAAAGCCUUUCCCCCAAAGGGCACUGGGGGUUCCAAAACAGACAGAACCAGGGCAUAAAUACUCUCCUCCGCAGGCUCAUCCAGUUCCUGGAGCCCUAUGGCCUUUUCAUUGCCACUGAACCGUAGAUUUAUAGGUCCACUGGAGCUCAGGAUUAGUUUCCUUAUUUCCCUACUCCGCCUUCUGCCUUGUUCUGGACAGGUUCUGGAACACCAGGCACCCCAGCCAGGGCCAUUUCUGCACUAAGGCUCUGUGCUGGAACACAGGCAUGCUGCCAGGCUCUGUUCUGGACCCAUCAGGCUCUGUCCUUGACCCAGGUGGACCCAUGGUUUCCAAGUAGAAAGAGGCUGAUGUUGAGCCCUGUCCAGCUGUUGGCCUUGGCCUGACUGGGACCAGUUUCAGAUCACCACAGGUUUAACUUUCUUAUCCCAGAGACACCCAAUUCUAGAGCAUGGAGUUCUAGACACAUAUGGAGCCACGUUUCUUUUUGAAUCUCAGCUUUAGGACAUAGACCCCGACUCUCAGCCUUUCCCUCCAGGAUGGAACUGGGGCCUGUAUAGCCAUAUUAUUGCUCUAGAGUUAAGUUCUAGACCCACCCUCCCACCUUCUCUAGUGAUACCUAUUAACAAUGAGCUCUGGAAAGAACCCAGUUAUGAUUUAUAAAGAAUUAACUUCUGCAUGAAUCAAGAAUCACUUCUUGUUUUCCUAGAUAAUUUUCUAAAAAUCGUAUUCUUCCUAUAGAGUGCUAACCUUAUUUUUACAUGCAGUUUCUAGCUCCUGAAAUUCAGCUGGGGUCCUGCCAGGGAAACAGAGUCUGAGGAAGGGCAGAGGAGUUUUGGAAGGAAUCUCUGGCUCGCGUUAGGGAAGCUAGGAUGGGAAAGGGGCCAAAACCAUGGCAUGACUGGACCUGUGCUUGGGUUUGGGGGACGUGAACACUUAGCUACCUCAGCAGGAAUUCCUUCCAGGUCCCCUUUAAAGCUGAGGGCUUUAGGGUAAUGAGUCUAGAAUAAAAAGGACAAAGUGGACAUAUCCUUGACUCCCCCCCCCCCCAGUGAGGAGAUCCCAAUUCAGCAAUAAGUCCCACCCAUCAUGGGCGCUAGACCUCAUACACCCCUAGAGCUUCUAACUGAAUAGGACUUGCUUUACCUUACAGCUUAUAACCUCAGCUGGGUUUUAAGUACCCAAAAAGGACCUAAUUAGAUUUUUCUGAAAAACGUGGAGAGCUAGGGGCAGGCCUGAAAAAGAUCAGGAAGACACUAGUGAGCUAGGAGGGAGACUGAGUAGCCUCAGACCUGGACAGGGUAGACUGAGGAGGCCCUGAAGGGAGGGGCUCGGGCUCAGAGGCAGGUCACUGUUCUUCAGGCUCUUUCUACUUCUGGCUUGUUGCAAGAGGGGUAGAUGCUCCCCUCACCCACACAGACCCGGCUCAGGCUCCACUCAUCUCCUGGCUCUGCUCCCAGGAGACCCGGUCUCCACUCCAUGCUUUCUCAAUUAAAGACGAUUUAUACAACUGA